AUGGCCGCGUUUAGUCGUCUCCUCGGCGUUCAGCUGCCGUAUGUGAUGGAGGUGGUCAUUUUCCUGGCUCUCGCCUACGCCACGGCGUACGUGCUCACGAACAUCAUGUUCGCGAGCAUUCACAAAUUCAAGAUGGCUGGACCGCUGACGGCGAUUCCUGUUCUCGGUGGGGUUGUGGGUAUGAUAAGGGACCCUUACAGUUUUUGGGAGCGACAGCGCCAAUACGAGCCGCACGGCUACAGCUGGAUGGCCAUCCUCACGCAGUUUGUCGUCUUUGUGACGCGCGCAGACCUGUGCCACAAGAUCUUUGCCACGAACGGCGAGGACACUCUUACCCUCCAGUUGCACCCCAACGGCAAGUUGAUUCUCGGCGACAAUAACAUAGCCUUCCAGAGCGGCCCCGGUCACAAGGCGCUGCGCUCUAGCUUUAUGAAUCUCUUCACCACCAAGGCCCUUUCCUUGUACCUGCCGAUUCAAGAGCGCCUCAUUCACGAGCACCUGAGUCGCUGGGUAAGGGACUACCCGUGGGGCGGCAAGCCAGAGGAGAUGCGCACGCACAUCCGCGAGCUGAACUGCGAGACCUCGCAGACAGUGUUCCUUGGCGAGCACCUGCACAACCACACCGAGUUCACUCACAACUACAACAUCAUCACCCGUGGCUUCCUCUCUGCUCCGCUGUACCUGCCUGGCACCCCGCUGUACAAGGCGGUGCAGGCCCGCAAGCUUACUAUGGUGGAGCUUCAGGCUGCGGUGCGCCGCAGCAAGGCCCGCAUGGCGAAGCCGGACGCUGAGCCGCACUGCCUGCUCGACUUCUGGACGGCGACGGUGCUGGAAAAGAUCAAGGAGGCGGAGGAAGAGGGUGGCGACGCGCCGGCGUACUCAUCCGACCACGCCAUGGCGGACACGAUACUCGACUUUCUCUUCGCUUCCCAGGAUGCAUCGACUGCCAGCUUGACGAUGAUUACGGCGACGAUGGCCGACCACCCGGAGAUUCUGGAGCGUGUCCGCAAGGAGCAGGCUCGCCUGCGCCCCAACAACGAGCCGCUCACGUAUGACCUGGUGCAGGAGAUGACGUUUACGCGCCAGUGCGUGAUGGAGCAGCUCCGCCUCUUUCCACCGGCGCCGAUGGUGCCCAUGAAGGUCCACGGCGACUUCCAGCUGGACGAGAAGACGGUUGUGCGGAAGGGUAGCAUGAUCAUUCCGUCGCUGGUGGCGUGCUGUCGGGAGGGCUUCACGAACCCCGACACGUACGACCCGGAUCGCAUGGGCCCUGAGCGCCAGGAGGACCGCAAGUUCGCGAAGCAGUUCAUCCCAUUCGGCGUAGGUCCGCACCGCUGUGUCGGCUAUAACUACGCCAUCAACCACCUCACCGUGUACCUCGCACUCAUCGCGCACCACGUCGAGUGGCAGCGCACACGCACUCCUGACUCCGACAAGAUUCUGUACCUGCCCACCUUGUACCCUCAUGACUGCCUACAGACGUGGCGGUACCGUGAAGGGAUCGAGCCAACGGCCGAGAAGGUGUAG